UUAUUUACUUCUUUGCCAAGGCUUGUCUUCCUUCUUUUUAUGCGCAUUCCUGCGCCGCCCUCCCUCUCCGUUCGAUUUGUCCCACACUGCGACCCGUCGGUCGUCCGAGAGAAAUCGCCUCGGGGCGCCGCCGAUGUAGAACUGACUGAAAAAAUGGAGAGCGACGCGGCCGUCCGGCGAAUAAAACCCCUUGUGACCCAUCGUUACGCCACGCAGGACGGAGAAAGACCCAGCGACCGGUGCGAGGAUAACGGCUACAGCGACGACCCGAAGAGGAAGCCCGAAGUGAGGCUGCUGUUGCUGCCGGAAGGUCUAGCGGCUGCCCUGCUCUCCGGGUUUGUGUUGCUGCUGUGGGGACUCGUUCAUCUGUCUCUGCAGCAGCUUGUCAUCGGGAAGCCGAGCGGAGAGUUCAACGCAGAAAGAGCCAGACAACACUUGGAAAAGAUCACCAGCGUCGGACCUCGCCCCGUUGGCAGCCAGGAGAACGAGGUCCUGACAGUGAACUACUUGUUGGAGCAGAUAGAGAACAUCCGAGUCAGGACGGCUGCAGGCCCUCAUCGGCUCACAGUGGACGUUCAGCGUCCCACCGGCUCCUUCUCCAUUGACUUUCUAGGAGGGUUCACAAGUUUCUAUGACCGCGUCACCAACAUCGCAGUGAAGCUGGAGCCCAAAGAUGGUGCCCAGCACCUCAUGCUCGCCAACUGCCACUUUGACACGGUGGCCAACAGCCCAGGCGCCAGCGAUGAUGCGGUGAGCUGUGCUGUGAUGCUGGAGGUCCUCCAUGCUUUGGCCAACCAGUCCACUCCUCUCCACCACGGCGUAGUCUUCCUCUUUAAUGGAGCAGAGGAAAAUAUCCUACAGGCCAGCCAUGGUUUUAUUACCCAGCAUCCCUGGGCUAAACUGGUUCGUGCUUUCAUUAACUUGGAGGCUGCAGGUGUCGGCGGGAAGGAAGUUGUUUUUCAGACAGGGCCGGAGAACCCGUGGCUCGUCCAGGCCUACGUUCACGCAGCUAAACACCCCUUCGCCUCUGUGGUCGGACAGGAGGUUUUUCAGAGCGGCGUCAUUCCCUCUGACACAGACUUCCGCAUCUAUAGGGACUUUGGAAACAUCCCAGGAAUUGAUCUUGCGUUCAUUGAAAACGGAUUCAUCUAUCACACCAAAUACGACACAGCCAACAGAAUACUGACAGGCUCAAUACAGAGAGCUGGUGACAACAUCUUGGCUGUUUUGAAGCACCUGGUAACAUCAGAGAAGCUGGCGGACUCCUCAGAGUAUCGACAUGGGAACAUGGUGUUUUUUGACCUCCUGGGGGUGGUUGCAGUUGCCUAUCCAGCUCGCAUAGGCACCAUCGUCAACUACAUGGUCGCCUCAGCCACCUUCCUCUAUCUAGCCAAGAAGGCGUCUCUGCCCGGCAAUCGAGGUGGCCGUUAUGUUUGGGACCUGGCCUGUGCCACGGGUGUAGUAGUGCUGGGCUGGUUCGUCACCCUGCUGUCGGUGCUCAUUGUCGCUCUUCUCAUUACUCUGUUGGGCCACUCCAUGUUCUGGUACACUCACUUUUAUGCUGCCAUCUGUUUGUAUGGAGCUGCAGCCACUGGGAAGAUGAUCCUCAUCCAGACUUUGGCCAAGAACCUGUACUAUGGAGGUGUACGUCUGGUGGAGCUGGGCAGUCUGUAUUUUGACGUCAGCUUGCUGCUGUGGGGCUGCAGCCUGGUGUGGCUCACCCAGCGGGGCUUGUGUUCCGCCUAUGUGCCCAUGCUGAUGGUGGCGUUUCCCCUGAUUACCAGACUGCUGCUGAUGAAGGAAUUUAAACACCGAGGAGCAUCACUGAAGUACAGCGGGUUGUAUCUUUUGGGCCUGGCGCUGCCGUAUGUCCACUUCAUGUUCCUCAUCUGGGUGGUGUUUGAGAUUUUCACCCCGAUCAUGGGCCGCAGUGGCACAGAGAUACCCCCCGAGGUGGUGAUGGCCUCUUUGGUCACUUUGGCAAUCAUUGUCCUCUCGUCUUAUUUUCUUCAUUUUAUCUACUUGGUGAGGAGCACAAAGUGGAUCCUGGCAUCUCUGGGCUCGACGUUUGUUGUCAUGUUCCUGUUGGUGUCUGCCGGCCUCUUCUUCCCUUAUUCUGGGAAUCCAAACAGCCCCCGGCCAAAGAGGAUAUUCCUGCAGCAUACGACUCGGACUUUCCACAACCUUCAGGGCCAGGUGGAGAGCAGAGACUCUGGCAUCUGGAUAAACAGCUUCGACUUCACAGCAGUACAGCACAUCACACCCCACAUCCCCGAGAUCAACGACAGCAUCCGGACCCACUGCCGAGAGGACCGACCCUUCUGUGGGUACCCCUGGUUCCUGCCUGUGAAGUUUCUCAGCAGGAAGAACUGGUACCUUCCCGCCCCAAACGUGUCUCCAGGUUCUCCAGUGGAGUUCAGCCUUCUGUCCAAGGAGGUGACAAGCUGGGGAACUGUCAAGAUGACCUUCAGUGUGAAUGGACCCAGCCACAUGUCUCUGUAUCUGAUGCCUCACAGAGGAGCCAGUCUUUCCACCUGGUCUCUCGGUGAUGGGACGCCUCAGUUUGACCUGAACGGAGAAUAUUUUGUUUUUUAUUCCCAUGGCCUCGAUGCCCCUACAUGGACCUUUUGGUUCGAAAUACAGCCCCCUACAGAACCGGAUCCAGCCGGCCCGGAGGGGAUGAUUUCAGUUGCCAUAUCGACCCACUACUUCUUCGGCGAGGACCGACGGACUGCUCAGCUGGAGGAAAUCCUCCAUAAGUUUCCCACCUGGGCUUUUCCCUCCUCCUGGGUCAGUACCUACGACAUGUACCGGUACUGAGGACCUCUCUACUAAAACAGAGGAGCUGGGAUGACCCACUGAGACAUUUCAGAGAGCGGCCCUGCUGCCUUUUAACUCGGACACAGAAACACAAACCAACACCCGCGCUGCGCCCCGGCUUGCCUGAGAGAGACCUCUAUUACUGUGUCGGCGGGCUGAGCAGCUGACUGAGCAGGAUCGGCGCUCAGGCCACCACAAGCCUCAUGCUCACUACUCGGUUAGUGAAACAAAGGAGUCUUAAGUUUGUAUUUUUUGUACUCAGCUGUGCCUUUACAUUCCACGCUCUUCUUCUCCCACAUUUCAUCCCACUCAUAUGCUAGCACUCUCCUUGAAUGAUUUACGUCGCAUGUAUCAGUCGCUCCGUUUACCAGCAACCCUCCUGAGCUGCCGACACACUAAACGUGACUCUGGAUUCCUCUGCAGAUAUCCACCGCCAUCGGUUCAGUAACAUACUGCUUAGGAUGAGUAAUGUCAACCCAUGUUGGCUUCUUUUUAUGAAAUGAAAAAGGAGCUAUUCAUGCACUGCAUCCAUUAGGAACAAAUAUAUGUUGCAUAUCCCAACGAUUAACCAUAAAACUGCUCAUCUUUCCUGCCUGUGCUGCAGAUUGGCAGCAAACAAUCCACGGGUUUAAAUGAGGGAAGGUAACGUCUGCUCAAACUGACAGAGGGUGUGCAACAAACACAAAACGAGCUGGCUGAAGUUUCCCAGGGUUUCUAAAAGUCCAUGAAAAACAACAUUUAAAUGUUAGCUUUGGAACCAACAGAAAGAAAUGAGAAGAAUCAAUUUUUAUUAGUUUUAAACUGUAUUCCCUGAAUCCCUGAACAAAGUUCUGGAUUCACACUGAACCAGGUCCUUCUGUUUUGUUCCACACUGAAGUGAUGCUUAUUUACAUUUCAUCUUGCUGUAAUUUUACUUUUCUGAAACCUGAUUAGCCUUAAUGGGGUCUAUAGCAGCACCAGUCAUUUUCUGUUGCUUUACUAAAUCUCUUUUUUGUUUCACUUUUGUUUUUUGUUUCACUAUUGUUCUUCUGUAUCUUUCUGGCACAAAAUGAAUCUAAAUAGUGAAGACGUGUCAUAUAUUAGAGCCAAAAGGUAAUUAUUUAUUAAGUAAUUUAACAGAAUGGUGACAGUUCUGUGAAUUUUAGUGGAUAGAUAACUUUAACUGCUUUUUUUAUUUUACCACAAUUUGUUAGAUUUCUGGAUUGCAGCCUUUAAAUAGUAGCUCCAAAAAGUUAGUCAAGGCAUUCAUCUUGAAUCUUUAUGUUUUUAUGCAGCAGAUUUACUUUACUUUGCCGCAAAUGCACCAACAUGUUUACCAUAAAUAAAAGUAAUUACAAUAAGUAUUGCAUCAAUGCUCAGCUAAGCCAACUGUUAAUAUCUUCCAAAAAAUGUCUGUAUAUUUUAUACAGUCAGUCAGUCAGUCAUUUUCUACCGCUUAUUCCAUAGUGGGUCACGGGGGAGCUGGUGCCUAUCUCCAGCAGUCUAUGGGAGAGAGGCGGGGUACACCCUGGACAGGUUGCCAGUCCGUCACAGGGCAACACACAUACAACCAUGCACACACUCAUUCAUACACCUAAGGGCAAUUUAGAGUGACCAAUUAACCUAACAGGCAUGUCUUGGACUGUGGGAUAAUUUUAAAUAUCAAGGAAUAAAAUCUCAAACCAGUAUUGUUUGUUUUGGACAAUAAUUAUACAUAAGUGUUAGAUUUGACGCAUUAUGUGUUAAAAUGGUUAAAAUCAUUAAAUAAUUCCUUCAAACUCCUAAAAAAUAACAUUUCUUAGUCAUAGAGAUUCAUUUUAUUUGCCAAGAAAGAUUUACAAGACGUUUGUGUACUUGUUUCAGCUCAUGUCCUUGAAAACGAUGACCAUUAACAUUCAUAUGCAAAUGUAAAAUUAUUAAACGAGAAAUAACCUGCUGUCACCUGCCUAUGAUUAAACGUUGACAUAAGGUGCGUGCAAAUGUAAAACAAAAAUCCACUGGUGCUGCUAAAGGAAGCCUCUAAUGUAAGCCGUUGGGUGUCCAUCAUCCAACCCGGCUGUUAGCAGAGGGUUUGUCCUUACGACACACACGGAUCAACCGUCAGGGUCCAACACCAACAUUACAGUCUCUAAAGCUUUUUUAGCUGAUGAUGUUGAGAUGGUUUUGUCAGGUUAUAAACUAAAUCAGUAUGAUUGAUUGUAGGCUCCUCUGUUCUCCAGCAGGUUGAUCUGAUCGGUUGCUCAUUGGUGCAUUCAGGGAGAUUUUUUGUGAGAUUGCUCCACGAACUGAUGUGUGGGCUCCACCUUUAGUGUAAUUAAGGUAAAUUCAAGUUGUUGAAACUUUGGGAGCCCCGCCAAUACUUUUUUUUGCCGUGAUCCAAGUCAGCCGUUUAGCUUUCUUCAUGCAGAACAGAUGGUGGGACGGAAGGAGGCUUUCAGUUUUCUGCCUUCAAUGAUGCACAGAGAUUAAAAUCCCUCUACCAGGUUCAUGUUGGAGGUUUUUUAUGCUACGUAUAAGUGCAACACAUGAUAUUCUGCUCCAGAUGGCGUUUAGUGUAUUAUCAGAGGAAAGCAAAUGAAUAGAAAUGAACAAAAUCAGCUGCUGUAUAAAAAAAUGCAAUGAGGCGAACGCUCUUGUUGAAGCUCUGUGCUUGUUGUCUUCAUCUGUAACAGUCCUGAAACUCCUGGCACGGAUCUCUGUCUGUCUUUCUAGUACAUACAUUUUCAGCCUUAUUCAGGACAUCUCCACUCCAGAAGGAAAUUGGUUAGGGUGUUCAAGAAUAACCCAGGAACAUCCAAGGCUUAAGCCUACUGUAAACUGGAAGCUGCUGGAACACCAGUGUCAAUGUCCAUAGUGUAGCAAGUUUAACAUCAACAUUAAAUAAGAACGAAGCACCUGCUCCAAAGGCACCCAAAAACAUUGUAUGCACUGUUCUGCAUGGUGGUGGCAGGAUCAUGGUGAUGGCUUUUUUUGUUGCUGCUAGUUUUACUGGUGCCUUGCACAAACUUAAACUCAGAUCAACAGCAAGAUGGUUGAAACGGUUGGUGCUUCAGAAGAACCGUGAUCCCAAACACAUCCAAACCGGUUUUGGAAUAAAUAAAAGGGGUUAACAGUCGGACCUGUAACGGCGCCGUACAAAAAACCUGUGGACAAAACUUAAAACAACCUAUUUUAACGAGCUGUCAGAGUUACAGCAGCAGCUUGUUGAGGUCUACAAAAAUAGUGCUGCGGAUGUAUGGAUAAUUUCACACUAAACGGAAACUUGUGCACCCAGCUUUUGUUUAAAAACAAAUCAUUACAGUUGUAUGUUGUGUAAUCAGGUCACUUUGGUUGGAAGAAAAAAACGCUUCAGAUGAAUCUUAAAAAUCCAGAAAUGAGUUUAACAUUAAUGUGGGAGAAGAGUGUGACCUCUGAUCAGAGACAGAAAGAUGGUCUGAUAGAGGAUGUCUUGGGGUCCAUUAUCAGACCAUCCAUAGAUCAUCUACUAUCAGACCAUAUUACAGUCAUGGAUAAUAUUAUCUCCUUGUGAACAUCUAAGUCAUUAAAAUUAGACAGCAGAGGUGAUGUAGGUAGACAUUAAUGGGAAACUGCAUUAAUUUAACUGUUUAGUCCAUUUGCGGUAUUAAAUAAAAGUACUGUAAGUGAAUAUAUAUUUUUAGACUAAAUAGAAUGCAUAUACAAGCUGUUAAAUAAAUCUUUAUUUUCUUUGAACAACACGUAUUCAGAGGUCCAGAGUAUUUCAGAAUGUUUUACUGUUCUCCGCUGUUUAAUAUGAGCAUGUUAGACAUGAGAGUUGUGAAAUGACCCCUUCUGCACUGCUGGUGCUCCCACUGUUUGAUUACAGCUGCUUUAAAGCCCCACAUAAGAAAGUAAGCUUAAAAUGAGAGAACUACGGUGGUAAUAAAACAGACCAACCAUUGAGCUGUGUGUGUGUGUGUUCUGCACAACCUCACACUGGGAUGUAGCUUUAUAAUCAUCAAACAUCAGGCUGAGAAAUCAGCUGCACUCACUGAAAUGUCUUAAUGUUGAUGGAUGUCACUUUUUGUUUUGGUUAAAUGAUUUGAUUGUUCACUCAAGCCUGUUUUCCUCAAGUGUUCUGAGCAUUAACUGUAAGAUGGAUUUUUUUUUUUUUUUAUCAGCAAUAAGACAAAUGUUAGUGUUAUUAGUGGUGAUGUAAUUUUAUGGGACUGAUCUGGUUAAGUGUUUCUGUUGAGAAAAUGAGAUUUUUACAUUAUGCAAAAAGGUUGAACUAAAGUAGCACUUGUACAGAGAUUAAAAUGCUUCUAACUUUUA